GUAAAUCUAUCCUUCCAAGAAAAUCUAGGAUCUAUUUGUAGCAAUCAAGAAAAUUUCUUAUGGAUUUCAGUACAUAUAUAUAUAUAUAAGCUAGCUCCUCAUCUUAUUCCUAUCAUAUAAUGUUGGUGUAAGAUUGUGUAUUAAUUCCGUAGAUCAGUUCCAUAUAUAUAGCAUUUUCCGGUUAUGAAUUUUCUGCCUAAUUACCCAUGCAUGUCUUUGUAAUUACUUCUGUUGACUUGCUAAUUUGCUGGUGGUCGUGUCUUUAAUUUCCUCUUAUUUUCCUAUGUUUGACUCGGUAGCCAUUGUCCAUUUCUUUCUUCCAAGUUGGGGGGGCCCUUUUGAUAUAUUCUUUUUUCUCUCGGCUAAGCUUGGUAUCUAUUCUACUAAUUGUUCAUUUCUAUAAAGCCAAAUCAGUAUUGCUGCUUGCGAUGGCAGAUCUAACAAGGCAGUGGAGGAUGAGCCAAUCUCAAUUAUUUAGCAGUGGGUCAGAAGUAGGAAAUUUGGUUGUGACCUCUGGUGUUCUGAGCGAUUCAUGGGAUGUAAAUUCUGCACUUUACACAGAAAUCAACAACACACCAUCCUCGAACUUCCCUAUUAGAUUCAAGAUUGAUAAGCGACCAAACUGUAACAUCAUUGCUUUUGUUACUUGGCCUCCUUGUACCAAAGAACAUCUUCAAGCAGUAGGAGCAGCAGAUUUUGUUUCAUCGUCAGCUCUCAAAGAUACCCUUCCACUCUUUGAAUUCCUCUGCUCCAAAACCAACCCAUGUUUCUCCAUUAACAAACUUGCUGUUGAGUGUUUCAAGUCUCUGCGUGGAGUGCUCCCUUUCUUGAGAUCUGAGAUUUUGAAUUACAAGCCAUUAAUUAUCACCGGACACGGCCUGGGAGGAUCUGUCGCCUCUCUCUUCACCUUAUGGCUGCUGUCAGAAAUCAAUUUAUCAAACACCAAACGCCCACUUUGCGUCACUUUUGGUUCACCACUUAUUGGUGAUGAAGACCUGAGAGAAGCUAUACUACAAUACUCAGCAUGGAACUCUUGCUUUCUGCAUGUAGUUUCUGCCCUAGAUCCACUCCCCAGAGUCUUCACUUCAACCCGCAAUCCUCCUUCCAUUGAAUCAGCUUCCCGAACUAAUGAAUACAAGCCUUUUGGCACAUUUAUGUUGUGUUCGGAACUGGGUUUUACUUGUUUUGAAGAACCCGAGUUCAUUUUAGAGUUUUUGAAGUCAACUUACUCAGAGGUCUCGCCGCAGUUCCUUGACUAUAAGCCAAUUGUCGAACAGCUCAAGCUUAAGGUUAUUUGCCAGGAUACAAGGUUGGAUGUAUCUACUUCGGAACCAUUACGGGCAGGCAUUACUGUGCAAGUAUUAGCAACGGGACUCGGACAGAAUAUCAACAUGAUCGACGCUCUGAUUACGAAGACAUGGAAAUCGACAAUACAUAAGGCACAGGUUUUUGAUCCGUCCAAGGAGCUGAAUAAAAUGAAAAUAAACAUGGCCCAGCUGGAAUGGUACAAGAAAACUUCCAAGGAUAGUGGAAUUGGAUAUUAUGACAGCUAUAAGAAUGAAAGCUUCACAAGUGAUCAAGAUGUUAAGAAGUUUAAGAAAACCCUCACGUUGUACUGGGAGGAAUUAGUUGAUGAAGUAGAAAAAAAGCCCCAGAAGGAAGGCGCCUCCUUUCGUACCCGCUGGCUCUUUGCAGGAACCAACUACCGAAGGAUGAUUGAACCUCUGGACAUUGCUGCAUUCUACAGAGAUGGCCGCCGCAGGGACUACUUAAAAGGAAGGCCCAAACAUUACAAACUAUUGGAGGAAUGGCUGAAUGACGAUAAGAGACCUGCAAGCAUUCCAAAUAUUAAUUCCAAGAAGAAAAACGUGGAGGCUAGUCUUACCGAGGAUUCUUGCUUCUGGGCACACGUCGAGGAGGCUCGCAUUUCAUGCAAGUGGCUGAUCCAAAACAGCGAGUCGAGCAUCGUGGAGGGACAACAUAAAUCCAAACUGAAUGAAUUUGAAGGCUAUGUAUUGGGCUUGCUCAGUAAUUAUGCAGUAUCGCCUGAGAUUUUCUUGCCAAAGAGCAGCUUCAUGGGAUGGUGGAAAGAGUACGAGGAAAUUAUAGAUAAAGGUAUUAUGGGAACUUUUUACAGUUUGCAACUCACCGAUUUAAUGAAGACCCGCCGGUACAGCCAUUAUGCUACUGGCUCUCUAUAGAGUUCCCUGAAAUUUGUAUGCAAUAAUCAAACCUUUCGACAUCCAUGUGCACUUGGUUUUUAAUUUGUGUGGGAUUCCGAAGUCAUUCCCCAACCAACAAUGUGUAAAAGAAUGCCUUUCUGUCUUUGUUUCUUCUCCCAUCUCUUUUAAUGGCAAAGGAAGAUGCAAGUACCAUAUA